GUUUUCUCCCCUUCCCCAUCAGUCCAAGCUUUAUAUUUUAAAUUUUAGGUAGAGAACAAUGGGAGAAAUCGGCUUGUUAAUAGCUACUAGUCUUCUGGGAGUCAUUAGCUGCAAUCCCCAUGAAGUUUUCCUUCAAAACAAAGAGGCAAACAACAUCUUACAGAGGCAGAGACGGGAAAAUCAAUUUUUUGAGGAAGUUAAGGCGGGUAACCUAGAGAGAGAGUGCUUCGAGGAAACGUGUUCCUACGAAGAAGUACGGGAAAUAUUUGAAAACAAGGAAGGCACGCUUGAAUUUUGGACCCAAUAUGUAGAUGGAAAUCAAUGUGAGUCCAAUCCUUGCCUAAACCAAGCUAGUUGCAAAGAUGGGAUUUCUUCCUAUUACUGCUUGUGCCCACCAGGUUUUGAAGGGAUAAACUGUGAGAGAGAACCUUUAAAACUCUGCAAUUUGGCUAACGGAGGAUGCCACCAUUUCUGCAAAAAAGACGCUGUGAAAGGUGUGAGAUGUGCUUGUGCUCCGACCUACAAACUUGGUGAGGACCAACAUUCGUGUAUUCCUUCAGUGGACCACCCUUGUGGAAAAAUUGCAGAAAUCAAUGCAGUGCGGUCACUUGAUAACACCUUUUCGACAAGAAACACCAGCGUACCAGACUCAUAUUUCAGUAAUGUUACGGACAAGCCUCGUUCAUCUAACGCCACAACUGCUCAUAAUUCCAGAAACGUCACUGAGGGCCUUAACUACACCAUCAUCACAGGGUCAGCGGGUGACCACACCAAAAUUGUGGGUGGCGUGGAGUGUGUGAAAGGACAGUGUCCCUGGCAGGCCAUGCUGCUGAAUGUUGAGAAAAAUGAACCGUUCUGUGGUGGAACCAUCCUGAAUGAAAAGUGGGUCAUCUCGGCAGCUCACUGCUUUAUUCAUCGAUUUGAGUUCAGGGUUGUUGUGGGGGAGCAUAACAUACGCGAACAUGAACACACUGAGAAGCACCAUGAAGUGGAAAGUGUGGUUCUCUAUCCCAGAUAUGACGCCAACCGAAGUCGGUACAACCACGACAUUGCCCUGAUCCUGCUGAAGACCCCCAUAGUGUUUACCCUCUUUGUCAUUCCCAUUUGCCUGCCGGAGAAGUCCUUUGCCGAAAAGGUGUUGAUGACUCAACCGUACGGGACAGUCAGUGGCUGGGGAAGGCUGUACACGCUGGGGGACACUCCACAGGUCCUCCAGCAAAUCAGCAUCCCGUACGUCGACCGUAGUAUCUGCAAGCAAUCCAGCAAGUUCACUGUCACCGGGAACAUGUUCUGUGCUGGCAUGGACGAUGGAAGCAAGGAUGCCUGUCAGGGAGACAGUGGCAGUCCUCAUGUCACUAGCUACAAGAACACUUGGUUCCUGACAGGUAUUGUCAGCUGGGGAGACGGCUGUGCAGUGGCUGGCAAAUAUGGCUUCUACACCAGAGUCUCCAAGUAUUACGCCUGGAUUAAAAAUGAAACAGAAAUUUGAUUCACGGCAAAAAGCAGUGAUAACGCAUGCUUGGCAUGUAGUUAUGAAAAGUUUUACAGGUGGAAUAUUUUCUAACAUCCAAAAUCAAAAACAGAAU